AUCUAGAUAAGAACGAAAGUUGAGACAUUGAGAAUAAACGCGUAGAUGUUUCCUCGAUUAUGUCUGGCAUAAAGAAAGAUUGAAACGUUAACACGAUAUCGUGAGGAAAUUGUAACAUGAUCGUCAUCGCAAAUGUGAUCGUUAUUUGUGGUGAUGCAUGUUAAAGGAUGUUUACGAAUCAACUGAUUAUCGAACCAGUUCGUUUCAACCAUGAGCGCUAAACACAGCCCGAGGAAAAUAACAUUAGCCAUGAUAAAAGGUAAACCUAUUGCAACUUCAGUUCCUGUAAUUCAUUACCAUGCUAGCGACGACGAAUUGGAAGAGAUAUAUCCUAGCACAGACGAGGAGAAGCGAUUAACACCCGAGUGCGAAAAGAUUUCGUCUAAAGUCACCUCUAGUCCGUCGAGGUGCAUCCAUGAGUCGGACAUUUCUGAGAAUAACUCGGAAACGCGAUCCGUCAGUGCGGAGAACAUUCUGCUGGAAGGUACGCCGCCGUCUCUGGACCCAUGGAAAGUGUUCUCCGAUAUUAAAGGGAAAAUCACCAAGACGUUCGAGGAGAAACUGUCUGAAAUAAAAAGCGAUAAGAAGAAACGACGUAAUUCCAAGGCAGAAAGUUCAAGCAUCAGUGAUUUAGAGGAUCAGGGAUGCGUUACACCCUGUGACGAAAAGACAGACGAUAUUCGUAAGAGAGGCAAUGCAACCAGAUAUGUAGGUUUCUCCGAAGUAAAAACUGGCCUGAAAGAUAAAAGUUUGCAGGAUGAGUCUGUGGAGAGUGGCAUCGAAGCUUCUGAAUUUUCUCAAAAUGUCAGUGAAGAUGUUACCUCUUUGGCAAAUGACCCAUCAAAUACGGAACCACCUUGCAACAAUAAUAAUUAUACCGUUUUUCCACAACAGAGCUAUACUUACUCGGUGGCAUUUUCAAAGAAAACAGACUUUAAGACUGUAUUUUCACAGUUGAUUAAACAGUUAAUUUGUCAAGCAACGUAUAAAUCUAUUGCUGCUUUCAUUGCCAUUUUCUGCAUUUAUUAUGUUAUUCCAUUAGCAGAGUAUUUACUGGGAUUUAUGAUGGGUGUCUUCGUGACUAUUACGUUCUAUGACAUUGUAACAAAAUUCAAAAAGAUUUUAACCACCAUGCCAGAUGAGGGGUGUCUUCCUAGUCCACCAAUACCUAUCUUAGAGAUCCCAGCUGUGGAGGAACAUGCUGUGGUUGAGAGAUAUCAAGGUUGGUUAAAUGAAUUGCCUUAUAAGUAUGAACCGAAUAAUUAUCAUGUGGCACGCACAAAGUCAGUUUUCUUUAGAUUGGAGGGAAAUAUUUUGCGUAUUAUGGAAACCAGGAUGAAAGUACCAAAGAAAGCUGUCUGGGACGAGCCAAAACAUAAAUUGAAAUUCGUUAAAAAAAGAGUUUAUAAUUUAACUGAAGCAAAGAUAGAACUUCUUCCCUGUGGGCUUAUCAAAAGAAGAAGAUGGAGUAAAAAAUAUCCAAUUUGUAUAAUCCUCGAAAAGAAAGCGCUAAUUUGUAAUGUGAUCCUGAAGAGUACAACCAAUGAUGAAUGUUCGAUAAAUAGUUAUAAGGUGGACCUAAAAGAGAAAGUUGGAUGUAAAUUCAAUAAAAAAUAUACAAAAAAAUUAGAUGGAGACACGCAAGACGAAAAUGAAAUUUUACUUGUCAAUAUGGAACACGAGGAGCCGAUUGUAAGACAAGAAAUCUCCGAGUUUGUAGAAAUGGAAGAUACAGAUGAAGACGACGACGAUAAUAAAAAUUACGAUUAUGAUUCAGCUAGCGAUUAUUUUGACAACGAAUGUGUAAAAUAUGAAGAUUGUUUUGUAAAUAGCAAAGAAACAGAGAAAUAUGAAGAAGAGAAGUUAAAGAAAAAGAAAAAGGAUUAUAAAGAGCAACAGAAGGAGGAGGAUAGAAUAAAGGGAGACUUGAAGAAAAGUUACACUUGUACUGUUAAAAAAAGGAGGAAACGAAAAGAUGUACCAAGUGAAAUAAAAACUAGAAAAUCAAUCAUAACAACAUGGAAUAAAAAAAAAGAUGACUGGGAAGACGAUGAGGAAGAAGAGGAGGAGGAAGACGAAGAGGAAACAGAAGAUGAAGAGGAAGAGGAAGGAAAGAAAAUAACAAUGAAGGUAAAUGUAGAAAAGGAUAACGAGGAGAAGGAAAAAAGUGGACGGAAAGAAAAACAAGAAUUAGAAAAAUUAGAAGGAGAAGAUGGGGAGGCAGCAACUGAUAAUUAUGGCAAUUAUUGUCAUGAUAGAGUACAUAAAAAGCGAAAAAGAAACAAAAAGAACGAGGAGGAAAAUGAAGAAGAGGAGGAAGAAGAAGAGGAAGACGAGUUGGAAGAGGAAGAUGAGAGGGAGAGGGAGGAGGAUGAGGAUGAGGAGCAUUGCAACGAUGUUGAAGGAAAAAAUAAAUUAAAAAUAUUUAUUUUUGCUAGAACUGAUCGUGAAAAAGAAGAUUGGUACAGACGUUUAGUUUUAGCUGCAUCUCGGUCCGUCAAAAAGAAUGAUUCGUUACUGUUCACGAUCGAUGUAUCGUCCAAUAUAUCUAGCUCUCAAUCAUCAACACAACAUAAAAUCGUCAGCGCAGAAUCAAAAAGCUCUUUUUCAGCUAAUAAUUCACAUGAAACUGUACCUGAGCUUACUUAUAAUGCUUAUAUGGCAAAAUACAUGGAUAAUAAUUGCUCGCCGAUGUCAGAAGGUGCAAUUUCCACGUCUGCUGAAAGUACACUUUGGAUCAAUUGUUUAAUAGCUCGUAUACUUUUUGACGUACGCAAGUGUCCUGAAACUAUACAUCUUAUACAGGAUAAAAUACAACGCAAGUUAUCCAAUAUAAAACUACCAUAUUUUAUGGAGUGCCUUUUGGUUUCAGAGAUAACAAUAGGACAGGCAGCUCCUGUUAUUCAUAGUGUAACAAAACCAGUGAUCAAUGAAAGAGGUCUCUGGCUCGAUUUAGAUAUAACAUACAAAGGUUCUUUGACCAUGACUGUUGAAACAAAAUUGAAUUUGAUGAAAUUAACAAGAACCGGAUCGGUUCCUGAUGAUACGAUUAUUUCAACAAAAAAACCAAAUGAAAUGGUUACUAGAUCACCAAUUUUUGACAGCGACGUGGAAGAUACACCAGAAACAUCUACAGAGGAUGAUUGUGAUAAUUCUAGAACACAAUCGUACAAUGUGGCCAAAGAAACAACAUCUACGCAAUCGUCAGGAAGGAAGUUUCUCAGUAUGGUCGAUAGAAUAGCUGCAAAUAAAUAUUUUCAACAUGCAACCGAGUUGUCCUACGUUCGAAGAGCUAUGGAAGGUGUUUCAAAUACGGAGAUUCGAUUGAUGGUCACCGUUUCAAGUAUUGAAGGUUGUUUAUCAUUAAACAUUCCACCAGCACCGUCCGAUCGUUUAUGGUAUGGUUUUAAACCGGUACCAAAAGUAAGUCUCACCGUAAAGCCCGCAGUUGGUGAGAGAACAGUUAAUAUCGUUUACAUAACAAAAUGGAUUGAAACUAAGUUACUCAGGGAAUUUGAAAAACUGGUUGUUUUACCAAAUAUGGACGAUCUCAUUUUACCGUUGUGUCCUAAUUAUCCUUAUACAACAAUGCGGUAGUCACAUAAACCAAAAGUAUUGAUUAUCGUGUCGUAUUGUACAUAAUCCAUUGAUAAAUGAACUACCAUGUAUAUCCGCAUUUGAUUCGUAAUUGAAAUGUAGAUUCGACCAGCAAAUGACAAAUAUAUUAUCGUUGCAAAAUUU